AUGUAGUAAUUAAAGUCAGUUUUCAUUACUUUUUUAUUAACAGAAGCUCCAGUAACCGAUGCACUAACCACUCUAUCACAAACCACUUUUGCACCGACUACUGUAAAAUGGACAACUAAUGCACCAACCACUGAUGCACUGACUACCACUCAAGAACCGACCACUGUAUCACCAAGCAUUAUAACACCGACCAAUGAUCGACCAAACUUAAACUGGACAGAUGGUAUAGGUAUUUGUGGAACAACACAUUGUGAACAUGGAGGUCUAUGUUUUGCACUGAUUAUGGACAAUUCGGAAGUAACUGAAUAUAAGUGCGCUUGUACCCCAGGUUUCAGGGGCUCUACAUGUACUGGAGUGGUCGUUAAAUGCGGCCUCAAUGAAUUUAAAUGUUCAAGUGGCGAGUGUAUACCGCUUAAAAAGCAAUGCGACAAUAUCCCGUAUGACUGUGCGGAUAAUUCAGAUGAACUCAAUGGAGAAUGCAGCAGUUAUGAUUGUAAACAUUUACUGGCUGAUCUUGAUUCUUUGAUGAAUACGUGUGGUAACAUCAGUAGACCAAGCUCAGCACCACUGGAAAACGAACAAAACAUAUGGCAGUUUUUUCCAGAUUUUAUCGAUUUUCUUGACGAUAAAACUAUAAUCUCUAAGAUAAUAGUUGACGUUGAUCCAUACAUGGGAACUGAUAUUUCAAGUGAUGGAACACUGUUUGUAGCAUUGCUUUCCGAAAGUGAGAAUGAAACACCAGUGUUUUAUUUUAAGAUUUCAUACCAAAACGGCGAUGGAAACACGAGGUUUGUGAAGAAACUGACUGAUAUCUACACUAUGGGAUUGAAUCGUCAACUGGUCUCCCUUUCUUUUCUACCCGAUGGUUUCACAGAACAAUUAAAACUUUCUUAUUCAAAAUGUUAUCAAAGAGGUGCCUGCCUAACUUUGGAGACUACCACUCUUAUCAAUAAUUGUGAUAAGGAAUGUAUUAAAAAAUACGCUAAUUGGAGACAGACAAGUGACCAGGAUAGAAAUGAUAACUGUGAAGUCACAUACAUAGACAGUGUAAUCGAUCCUCUGUAUGAGCAAUGUCUAAUUCAACCAUCUAUUACAAUGAUCAGUGCCAACAUGAAAGUCAACAUCAAAGAAAAACGAGUAGUGUCCUUGUAUUGUGUUGCAAGCGGAGCGCCAACGCCAACAGUUCAGUGGGUAAAUAAAACCGAGCCUGACAAUAAUUUUAUCGGCGAGCCAUCUAAUUCACAAGUAAUCUAUCAACUAGCAGACAUAUCUUCAACGACAAGAUUUGCUUGUCACGCCGAAAACGUAUUAAAGGAACUACUAAGUGAAGAUGUAGUAAUCUCUCUAGAAGAUCCAUUCUGUACCGAUUUCUACAACUUAUCCCAAGAAUUUUCAGUUUCAAAUUCUGUUUGCUAUAAUGAGACAGUAGAGAAACUUUCUUUAAGCAAUGAAACGUCAGAUGGAUUGACUUACACCGGUUAUUUGUAUGGUAAAACUGUACUGUUCGGUGCUUCAUUAUCCUCUUACUCGUUCUCAUCUAAAGAACAAAUUUGCUGUAUAGUAUUCUCUAUAGAAAUGGUAAUCUCAAACGUAAUGUCCGGUGCUGUUAUUUAUAGGCAGGUGUUUGACGGAAUAAUAAACAAUCAUAAUAGCACUCCAAUACAUUUUUCGUUCGACCAACCAAUCAAAAUUAACUCUACGUCUCGAUACGAAUUCACUCUGAGUAUUACAGAACCAACACAUCAGUUGAAUAGUGACAUGUUGGAAGUAAAAUGUAUAACUUGUUCCACUGGGUCACAAGAAUGCCAGCAAUUCAUUAGGGAUUGGAAUGGACUAAUCUCCAGUCAACUGAAUGCCGGAUGUGACGACAUUGACGCCCAAUACAGAGCAGCUGAACUUUGCUUUGCGGAGUUUUUUGGUGAUCCAGAAGUAAUCCGUCACCCAAAAUCUCAAGUUAAUAAUGUUGGACUGACUUCAACUUUGGAAUGUAAUAUAAGGAACGUCGAGUUUUAUAAUUGGUAUAAGAAUGGUAAACGUAUUCCUAGCAGUGGGCCAAUUUAUACUUUACAGCUAGAAGAAGAGCAGGAUCAGGGUGAUUACAUAUGUCUAGGUUUUAGAUCCCAGGACUCAAAGGAAGUGACAUCGAACAUUGCAACUGUUUUACUCAAAGGUACAUCUACGUUUAGAGUACAUGUUAAAUUCCAAAUUCCUUACAAACAAGACUAUAAAGACAAAGAGAGUGAGGUAUUCAAGAACUUUACGAAAAACUUAGAAACAGCAUUGGAAGGUGAAUUACUUAUCCCGUUCAGAAUGUUCGUCUCAAGUAUAGAGUCUGGAAGUGUCACUACAGAAAUGGAGCUGUAUUUUACAGACCAACUUCAAAAUGUAUCAGCUAUUAAUGUGUUGAUAAACGACUCUUUAUUAUCAUUACCAGAAUACGAAACUGACCCUAGCAGUAUUGUUGUCAUGAGUAUAUCGAUCUGUGUUGGAGAGGAUGUGUUCCAAGACGGAAUUCUGUAUAGUUUCACAGAUACUUUGCUUGGUACAACUGCAGAAUCUAUGCAAACUUGCCCUCUCUUCUCAGACCAAGGUAUUACAGUUAGUUUGGCAACACGUAACUGUGGAGGAGAUUUUGUAUCAGGAGCUAGAUGGAGUCAAAUUAAACCUUUGGACUGUGGCAUGGGAAACAUAUCAAGACAAAUUCAAAAUAUAAAUGAAGUAGAGGUUACUGAAAACAAUGUUGCAGCUGUCGCCGAUGCACUUGCAAUUACUACUACUGCUACUAAUCUGGAUAAAGAUUCCAUUAUGAUUGCAUCGGACAUUUUAGAAGAUAUCGUUGCACUUAAAAUCUCAGACGAAUCGGUGACUUUCGACGUGGUCGAAAUUGUCAACAACGUAAUUAAAUCUAUUGAACUAGGAACAGAGUUUUCAAUGAGAGAAACAGCAUCCUCGUUUGUGGUGUCAUUAGAGCAACAACUUGCAACUGUAGCAGCAGCAGACAUGAAUUUCACUGCUGUAUUACCUCAUGUUAGCGUUAUGACGUUAUCAGUGAGCUCAGGUGCUCUGGAAAAGGGUCUUUCGUAUGUAGAAUUCGGAGAUAGUGAUUCUGCUGAUGAAUAUUUUGAGCCGAAAUCCAUAAAAACAUUUUUUGAGUUGACCUUUCCUAUUGACAAGAUUGCAGCCUCUAUUAGUCUUCCACCUGAUAUUAUCUCUGUAAGCCAGCAUCAGACGGGAGAGGAUGAUAUUCGAGUGUAUUUCACUGUGUACCAGAAUACUUCACUGUUUAUUUCAGACAAACUGGCUAACGAAUCAGAGAAGAACCUUAAGCGGCAAGUUGGCAGCCAUGUUAUUUCAGCUUCGAUAGAUUCCGUGAGGAUUGGUGAAUUAGUAAAUCCUAUAAAACUGGCAUUUCUUCCCCGUUUAGAAACUAUUACAAACACUGAAUGUGUCUUUUGGGAUUUUUCUUUUGAUAAUGGCGUGGGUGAUUGGUCGAAUGAAAGCUGUACAUAUAACGGAACAGCAGAUGACCGUGCGAUAUGCUUAUGUGAUCACCUUACGAACUUCGCCAUUCUUGUUGACUAUUAUGAACCCAAAGUCGACAAAGUUUUGACUAUCAUUAGCUUGAUCGGAUGUAUCGUGUCUAUUGUCUGUUUAGCAAUUACGAUUUUCACUUACCUCUUUUUUAGGCAAUUUCGAACCAAGAGGCCUAAGAAAAUACUUAUAAACCUAUCAAUAUCGUUAUUUUUUCUGUACCUUGUGUUUGCGAUUGGGAUUGAAAAGACAACUUCUAAGAAUAGGUGCACCGUCGUUGCCGCCCUGAUCCAUUAUUUUGCACUGGCCUCAGUCUUCUGGAUGUCAAUUGAGGCUAUAAAUAUGUACCUCAUGUUUGUGAGGGUCUUUUACGAUGGUAUUCGGUAUUUCAUGCUGAAAGUAUGCGUGCUGGGAUAUGGUGCUCCUCUUGUUAGAUGUGUAUAA